UUUACGAUCGUGUAUUUACUACCGUUUUCCCAGUCCUGCCCGGUCCUGGCUUUGCAAUCGUGUGUUUUAUUACUAUCUUUCGCGGUUUCCAAAUGUGCGCCACCCACGAUCGAGUAUCAAUAUGAAUCAGUACGACCCCGGUAUUAUGGGUGUCACGAUCAAACCUGCCUCUACAUCACGCGCAGUCAUACACGAUUGGAGCCAGCAGCGAUGGGCGCUAUUCCCGAUCGUGAACGAGAACAACGAAGUUGGGCAAUCAAUAUGCCAAAUUGAAUUGUCGCAUCCGAGUGUCACAAAAAAGAAUCCGUGUCGUGCUCAUUUUUUCGCUCUGCGCCGUCCAUCCUUUUACAACGCACAUCACGUCGCCCAAAUCUCAGUUGGCAAGAGCUCGAAGGUCGUUCUUUUUCCGAAUUGUCUCUUCCCGGCGAUUCCCAUCUCGUCAUCCACGCAUCAAGGAAUCGGCUGUGCAUUUCAAGUUUUCGGUGACAACUUGGCUCCUGGCCUAAGACGUAUAGGCGAUCUUCAAGGAUACGACAGCACGAAAGAAACUAUGGGGCAAUACACGCAUAUGAGGAUAAAUGCAUAUCAAAUCACACUGUCAAGACCCCCAUCUGGCAGCCAUGGCAAGUGGUUUGUUUCCAAUAUUGUACAUAGUUUCAUUUGAAUAGGGCACCAUGGCUACAUGAAGAGAGAGAAAAGAAAAAGAAAGGUUUUGCCGGGUGUGGUAGGGUUC